GAACACCGCGACGCGUUCGUCUCGACCCGACGACGCGCGUUCGAUACGCACGCGUAAAUGUUCGCAUGGACGUAUGAUCUCCCGCUCGGUGCGUACGCGUUCGGUGGGACCGUGCGCGAGGCGAGCGAGCAGCGAACGCAAAAGAUUGCCGUGAUUGUCAUCGGGUACGUGCUCGAGAUUUUCCUCGUCUUGGGCUACGCUCGAGCGGGCAAGAAGCGCAUGCAUCCUAAAUUUAGACUGAAUCGUCGACGAGCGAGGCGCCUGUUGGUGCACGUGGCCUUCGGAACGAUGGAGCUGACGUUGGGCGCGCGAGCGUUGCUGGUCGGCGGCGGCGCGAGGGGUACGAUGCGCGCGAGCGCGGCGUGCGUGUUGGUGAUCGCGCUCACGGCGAUGCUUCAAAUCGACGCAUCGUUUGGGACACCGUCUAUUAUAACUCCUGCAUUGCACAUUAUAAACACCGCGCACAUCGAAAAAGCGUUUCGAGUGCUGAUUGGAGCCGGCGCGCUUUCGUCAGACUCGAGCGGCGCCGUAUUGGAAAAUUUCAUCGACCAGCUCGUUCUCGCGCAGGGGUUCGUGUAUUCCAGAAUGUUUAUAUUUGCGUUCACGAAUGUUCCGGGUAUUAAGGAGCACCGGUACACGACAGGGGCAACUCUUGCACUGUUUUUAGUCAUACCAGCAGUGUACGGUCCCGUGGGUGCCCUCAUUGCCAUAGUCAUCAUUGCCGCGUAUUCCAACGCGUGCGGAUCCGAGGAAAGCGGAAAAGAACGCAAUUUUGCAGCUAUCUGUGGUAGAGUGAAUUCGUUGGUACGUUUGCGAAUCGGUAAGACGCCGUUACGGACAGCUUUUGAUGUGCUGGAUAAGGAUGGUAAUGGCACGUUAGAUGGGAGCGAGCUCCGUGAGCAAUUGUUCACGUGGGGCGUCGACGCACGAGACAUAAAAGAGCUUUUCGAGCGCAUCGAUAUCUCGAAUCGCGGAUCACUCUCCUUUGAGGAAAUUCUGAAUGACACGGCGGGGCAAGCGAUGCUUGAAUACAUCAGCGUUCUACUACAUGACAAUGAAUCGCUCGAUGGCGCGCCGCAUUCGUCUUCACGAGCAUCGAAAUUAGCGUAAUUAAUAGUCAU